GUGAAACGAGCUACAGAACAGGCAACAGCACAACAAAUUGCCAUAGCAGCUACCUUUACCUGGCGUGCCAACAAAUUCAUAAACAUUCACUCAUUCACAAUAACAUUCAUUCACAUACUYGCCCUCUCUCUCUCACACACACACACUGUCUCUCUCGCUCUGUAUAGAGGUAAUACUACCUUGAAUUCCAUGUCACAUAUAAAUCGGAAUUUAACUCAAUUUUUAUUACAUUAUUCGUUAGCUGUGUGAGUGCAUGAGACUGUGUGAGUGUGUGUGUGUGCUUGCGCGGUUUUCGCGUGUCCUCAAAUAUAUUUAUAUAUAUAUGUAUAUAUAUAUAUACCUGCAUCUUAGUCGGUUAUAUAGGUAACAUUUAUAGUCGCAUAGCUUAGUUACUAUUAAGCGUCAGCUUCGACAUGGCCGAAGAGGAAGGCGCCAAGGAGGGCGAUAAGAAAAUCGUGCACAUCUAUCCGCUCGUCAAGCACUCGGAUAUGAAGGAGGAAAUGCGUCACGAGGUCGUCGAGUUGGUCGUUGGCAUGUGCGAGAAAUUCUCUUCCAAUUAUGAGACAUGUGCCAGAAUGAUUAAGGACACCAUGGACAAGAAAUUCGGCAUCUAUUGGCAUGUGGUGGUCGGCGAGGGGUUUGGCUUUGAGGUGUCCUACGAGACUGAGAACAUACUCUAUAUUUUCUUUGGCGGCAAUAUGGCCAUUGUGCUGUGGAAGUGCUCCUAAAUGGAGUAGCUCAGGCAGACCAACCGACGUACCUAGAAAACUACAAAUAUAAAUGGAAAUUCUUGUAUUCCCUCAAGCAGCAUAUUAUUGAUGUAUGUGUGCUUCUAUAGCAUAUAUUAUAUAUAGUUAAUGUUAUGUAUUAAGUUAAACCCAUAUGUAAAUAGGGCCAGAAGUUAGGGGAGUGUGCUUAUUCAUUGCCAUAGCAACGGGAGYAAAAGAGACAACAAAUAUAAA